AAGAUCCGAUUGAUUAGAAUCUACAUGUAGUUUUAAAUGUUUCAAAAGGAUAUUUGUUUAUUUAAAAAUGUAACAGUAGUAGACUAAAUAUUAAAAAUAUCUAUAUAUUUCAAAAGCUACAAUAAUGUUUUAUUAUUUAAUAUUGUAUCGUUUUAUUUUUGGUGACUUCGAUGUUAAUUUUAUUAUUUGGUCUUAUCUAUCAAGAUCGCAAAAGUUAUUUGUAAAAUAAAAACUUUUUCCCAAGAUUUUGUAGAACAUAAAAUUUAGUCUAAGAAAUAUGGUGCAAGAAAAAGUAUUAUAUGCAUUCCGAGGAUGGUUAGCAUUUGUAGCUUUCAUGGACCUUGGUGUUACAUUUAGAUCAUUUUUUGAAAACAAAUGUAUUUUGGGUACUCAUUCAAAUUUGAUGGCAGAUGAACAUUUUAUACAUGAAGAAUCAACCUUACCACGAGUUUUGGGAAUGUUUGCUCUUCUCAAAGCCAUUUGCUUGAUUCAUUGUUCCAUAUUCAUUCAUUACAAACCAAUUGUUAGUAUUGGUGCUUUGUCUAUAAUAAUUUUUAUAACCAUGUAUUUAAGUGAAGCAAUGGUUUAUCGUUCUACUACAAUGAAUUAUUUCAUUAUAUUUCCUACUGUAUUGAAUAGCUUAACAUUAGGAGGAUUAGUCAUAAUUGCUCAAAAAAUUAACAAACCAAUGGAAUGCAUAGAAGAAAAUGUAGAAUUGCUCAUGACAAAAUAUAAAUAUAGAAAAAAAAAAAUAUAGUUAUAAAAAAUGAAAUUCUGAAAAACAGUUUUUAUUGAUGUCAUUUUUUUGACAUUUCAUUGUAUUAUUUGAUUGAUUUUGAUGGAUAUAAAUAAUAUGGUAAUAUGUUAUUUAUUGAUUCAUAUUUAUUAAUAAGUAAAUUAAUUUAAAUUAAUAAAAAUUUAUUUAAAAAAAUAGUAAAUUACACAAACACAAAAAUUUA